GGGUUAUGGGUGAGGGAAAGAGGGCCGGGGUCCGUUCCUGUCCAGCAGGGUCCAUCCCUGGUCGGUCCUGUGUCUGUGGGGGGAGUGAACACAAGCUCAGACACAAACAUCGUCACAGACAGCGUGAUCGUGAUGGAAAGGAAGAAGAGGAUGAGAGAGUUGCCGGGUCACAGCUAAGGUCAGAGUUCACCACAGGAUCAGGAGGAAGUAGAAAGACUGGAGGACAAGGGAGUGCUGGGUUGAUGGAGUCUCCAUGGCAACAUAGGCAUGGCAAAUACCCGUCUUCUUUCUUCUCUGCUUCUGCUAAACCAGCCUCUUCAUCAUCAUCAUCAGAGAUGCUCAAACACACACCCCUCACCUGUCUAGGCUCCUCUCACCUUUCCUCGUUUGGAGAGGGCUGGGGGGUUCGGCAGAACCCCUGGCUGAGGAGAGGGGGGCUGGGGGCAGGAUUCAGACCCCUCGAUCCCACCUGGGGCACUCUGACAGAAGGGCAGAGGACGGCCGCUGUGGGGGAGUCAGAGAGAGAGGCGGGGGAGAGACACACACCCUGUCACAGCACCUUCACCCCCCCGACACACACCAACCUCUUCACCUCCUCUGCCACCAGUGGGAGGGGCAUGAGGAGCGGAAGAGACAAUUGGAGACCAGGGAAUCAAGACGGGUCACUGAGGAGUGAGGAGCCAUCACAGACAGAGAGGAGAGGCACAGACCCACACUAUGACCUGAGCAGAAGGCAACUGAAGUGGCUGAGAACCGGUCAACGUUUUGGGGCUAAGAGAGGGCCUGGACGACCCAGGAAGAACCCUCUAGCCUCCCCUUUGGUCUCCCCCUUCCUCUCUCCUACAAGCCAACCAAACCCUCCAACUGAGACAGACGUCCAGAACAGAGACAGAAACAGAGGAAGAGGAGGAGGAGGAGAUUCAGUACAAGAUGUGAUUGAUGCUGUGAUUCAGAGCCAGAGGAGGAGAAGACGGAAGAGGAGGCACAUUGAGAAAGAGGAGGUCGAGCAUCCAUCCUGUCUCCAAAGUUCUGGUGAAGGUGAGCCAGUCACCCACACCCCCUCCAUAUGCACAGGCCAAUCAGAGCUAAUCCAAACUCCAUCCCUAACCCCGGCCAGCCAAUCAGAUAAGGGAGCUGACCAGCUGCCUAGGAAGAGGUUUCAGAGGGCGGGGCUCUACUCAGAUGACUACAAAACUACAGAUCCCUCCUCUCAGAACCAGCUGAUCAGAGAGAGACUGGAAUAUACACCAGGACAACAAGACUACAGCCUCCUGCCUGCUCCCAUACAUGUUGGGAAGUACCUAAGAAUGAGACGUAUUGACUUUCAGUUGCCCUUUGAUGUCAUGUGGCUCUUCAGGCACAACCAGCUCCACAAAGAGCCAGAUGUUCCUCAGACCAGAGAGAUCUCAUCCUACCAACCAAAAGAGAAGAGCCUGUCCAGUCACCAGACAUGGGUGUCCCUCCCUCCCUCUCCCCAGGAGGAGUGUUCCAGUCCCAGUAAGAAGCUGUUUCCCUACCUGGACAUGGAGCCUAUGACCACCAGUGACAGGGUGUUCGUCCUGAAGCACCGCGUGUUCCUUUUGAGGAACUGGGAGAGGGUCAGAGACAGACAGAUACGCCUGAGGAGGGGGAGAGAGGGGGAACGAGAGAAAGAUGGAGGAGGAGUUUCCAGCUAUGUAGCUACUGGGGACAACAACAGCCACAUCAUGUCAGGUCGACAAAUGGCGGUGAAGAAGAAUGUUGUGUGGACUAGUGAGCCCCUUCGAGAUCCCCAGUGCCCCCAUAACCCCCUCAGAACCACGCCCCAGCUCACUGAGAACAGACAAGAGGAGAAAAAACAGGUGGAGGAGGGCUGGAGGGAGGUUCGGAAGGAGCGACUGAACAACAUACUCCUGAAGCUGCGGCAGACAUGGUUGGUGAGAGAGGACAAGGAAGGAAGGAGGGGGGGAAAUCUCAGCUUAGUCUCUCUUCUUCUUCCAAGUAGCUCAGUUCAGCUAACUUUGCACUAGUGUUGGGGGGAAAACACUUCCCUGAAAUGAUUUGUUAUAAAGAUGAUUUUGGGCUUUGUUUUUGAGAGGAAUGAGGGUGUAGUUGUUUACUGUACCAUUGAGAAUGAUUGUCAGACAGUCAGCAGACCAGUGACAGUCUGAUUUAAUAGUCAGAGAGGGCGGAAGGGAUGGAUGGAGACCAUAGAGUCUUAAGGCUGGAUUAAAUUCGCAUUGUGGAAGAUCCGCGUUGUAGCUCGAUUUAAAUGUAAAGGAAAUGUUCCCGUGUUCUCGCAGACUAGAUUCACGGUAAACGCUGCAUGUCGGCUCAAUCUGAAAUUACCAUGACAAUAACAUUUUUUACAAUUUUACCUCAUUUUUUGUGAUAUCCAAUUGCAAUCCAAUUACAAUCUUGUCUCAUUGCUGCAACUACCCAAUGGGCUCGGACAGGUGAAGAUCGAGUCAUGCGUCCUCCAAAGCGUGACCCAAGCCGCACUUCUUAGCACCUGCUUGCUUAACCCGGAAUGUGUCAAAGGAAACACCAGCCAACUGAUGACUGUCAGCUUGCAGGUGCCUGGCCUGCCACAAGGAGUCACUAGAGCACGAUGAGCCAAGUAAAGGCCCCCCUGGGCCAAACCUUCCACUAAUCCGGACAACCCUGGGACAAUUGUGCACCGCCCUAUGGGACUCCCGGUCACAGCCGGUUGUGACACAGGGGAUCGAACCCAAGGCUGUAGUGACACCGCAACACUGCGAUGCAGUGCCAUAGACCGCUGCACCACUUGGGAGGCCUACCUCUACAUUUUUAUGCAGAUCUUCUGCGAUACUUCUGCAAUACACAGCCCCUAUGGUUUGAUUCAAUCCCUGUUGCUGAAGUACGGCGCUAUAGCGUGAUUCAAGUGUAAAGGUCAUUUCCAAUUGAGCCGACCUAUGCAGUUUUUCCGUGAAUUCAGUCUCCACUAACGCAGGAACAUUGCCUUUAAUGUUCCCUUCAGCUCUACGUAUUGAAUCGGGCCUUUAAUGUUCCCUUCAGCUCUACGUAUUGAAUAGGGCCUUUAAUGUAAAAGUGCCAUGUUGUAAAUAAACUGACGCCUAAGUGAGUUCAAUCUCCAAAAGCAAUACGUCCUGUAAGGAUUUCAGUACAAUAACUUUAAUAUCACUACCAGUACCAGCUAGAGACCCUUCUAUGUAUCGAACCAAGUAGUUUUUAUUGCCUUAGUGAAUAUGAUCAUUUCAAGAUCGUUAUAUUGUACCAAUGAUAAUGCAGUAACAUUGACCUAAGUAAUGUAAUGAAUCAGUUUCAUAAUUGAUAGUUAUUAUCUAAGCGUUAAAGUUAAUAGUCAAAGGCCUUCAUUUUGCUACAAAGUGUUAAACAUAACUGACCCAUGUUAAAUAUUGCUAUGAUUUUAUAUGCCUUUUCUUCACCUGUAUACUUUCUGACUGAUGGAAUGUUCUUUUUUAUUUGGUCAGACAAUCAGGAAAAUGAAUUGAAUCUGAGAUUUGUAACCGUUCAUUUGUAAAGUUCUCUUUGGUGCAGUUUCUAGUUUGACUUUGAACACUAAGUUGAAUGUUUUAUAGUUGACCUGUGUAUUUGCCUCAUCAAUAUAGUGAAGGGUUAUUUAUGUAGUUUGCAUGAAAUGUAACUUUGGGCUGGAUUCAAUCCGUAUCGCGGAAGAUCACAUUAAAAGUGUAGAGGUCAUUUCCGAUUAAGCCGACAUAUGCAGUGUUUAUCUUGAAUGCAGUCUCCACGAACGCGUUAACAUUACCUUUAAAUGGAGCUAUAACGCAGAUCUCCCAUGAUACUUCUGCGAUGCGGUGAGAAUACAGCCCUUUGUUGUACAAUUGAAAUUGCUGCUUAUAACCUGUCUUUGGAGAAAAUACCACAGAGUUCAUCUGACAGAAUGUCAUUUCAAACAUUGACCUUAUUAUCAAUAACAAUAAAAUGGCGUUUUUGUUUACAAA